GCAGAUUUUCACACGAAGUCCCAAAAAUUUGCCUCUCAUGUCGAUUUCCGUGACUCUUCCCGGCUUUGCCUCUUUUGACUUCACGGGUGGAACGGCUGGCGACGUCGUUCGGAGGGCGCAGCAGCUUUGGCCCACUUCGCUGUGGCAUGGCAAUCAGCUGGUCUCGUGUGGAUGUCAUCAGCUGAAACCCGACGACCUCGUUCACCUCGGUCCGCUGGUCCUGGCGAACUACUCGGAGCUCAGCCAGGAGGAGCCUUGCUACAUCCGAGAUACAGCAGAGCGAGGGAUCACGUUGCACCAGCUGCAACGAAUCGUCAUGUUGAUUUCGAGAAUGGCCGAUAGCUGGUGCGAAACAUAUGGCGAUCAGGACGGAUGCUCAUUGGACUUGAGUAGCUUCAACUUGUACCACGCGAAUUCUUGGAUCAUCAAGCCAGCCACUGAAGGCUUUCACGAGCAUGGAUGUAGCAUGGUGGAGAUCAUGGCAGUCAAAGUGCAGAUACCAAGCUGGUUUGUGUCCCAUGCUUGGAUCGAGCCUGUCUGCAAGUUCUUAGCCUGUUUGGAGCAACAUGCUUUGAUCCGUGAGCUGCCCACUAGCACUGCCUACUGGGUAUGUGCCUACGCAAACAAUCAGCAUUGUGUAGCGGAGGAUAUCAAGAGCAAUCCCCGCAAUACCUCAUUCUACCGGGCCAUGCAGAUGUGUCAAGGAGUGCUUUUAGUGCUUGACUCAGCUGGGACACCAUUUCAAAGAAUCUGGUGCUGCUUCGAAGAGUCCAUUGCCAUCGAGCAUAGAGAGAACAGUUGGUCCAGACGCCGCUUGUUGCUGGAUGUCGGCGCAACAGAUGCACAUGGCAAAGCACAUGUGCUGACCGACGGCCUAGCAGGAGUGGAGAGCCGUAUGACCUGCAUUGUGGGCGCUUAUCGGAAGGCCGUGAGGGAAAAAGAUUUUCCGGUAGAUCUUUUGGAACUGGGCUUGAAGGUGAAGAUCGAGGAAGCCAAAGCUACUGAGCAGAUCGACAAAACACGCAUACUGAACAGCAUCGCGUUUCCUCGUAUUGGAACCAGUGAGCUGCAAGAUCCACAGUCCAGUCCAAUUGGUCAUCCUAAUUUUCAGCAAGUGGACAAAGCUCUUGCUUCACUCUUUGCCUUGUCGAGUUGGUAUGGCUUCAUUUUGCAAGGUCGAGAUACAGAAACGCUGGCAAGAGCUUUGAGUGCAGAUCCGGGCAGAACGCUUGUGCAGCUGUCAUUCACUGGUUGUCCACGAUUUUCGGACGAUGAGCUUCAGGUUCUGAUGAGCAACUUGCCAGGUGACUUGCGAAUCUUGCGAUUGAAUCUGGGUUUUUCGGGCAUUGAGACCUUGGACGCCUUCAGCAGCAGCCCAUGUUUGCGGUCCUUGGUUGAAGUGAAGCUGCGCUUUACAGGCUCCGCGUCACUUCGGAGCGUUGCAGGUCUUGGAGUGGCUCUGAAGGAGAUGGAGAAGCUCCUUUCUUUGGAGCUCUGGUGCACGGAAUUGUGAAAUGUCCUUGACAUAGAUUCUCAUGGUUCAAACAGAAAGACAGAAGGGAAAAACGACCAAGAUGCCUUAUUUAGGAAAGCGUUUUUCUUCAAGUUAUCAUCAGAAGUGAAUGUUUGGCCAAAGAGACUCCACCCUGGCAGGUUCAUGAACCUAUCCCUUCUGGAUGACUUUGGAUCUCUCAGCU